AUGCCGAAAGACAGUGAGCAUAACGCACAUCGUACUCAUUACCAUCACUGCAAUGAACAUAUUGAGGGUUUGUCACCGCACCACCACCAUCAUCACCAUCAUCAUCAUUUGUUGGACGGUAACUGUGACAACGGUAGUCCCUUAACCUACGAUGAAGGUCAUCAGGCUCAUCAUCACAAUAUUGACCUGGUUACCGCAUUACGUAGCGAGUUGGCCGCCUUAUCUUACCAAAAGGAUCGCCUAAAAACUGAGUUAACCGAAACGAAGGCCACCUUAUGUAGCAAAGACAACGAAUGUGAGAAUUUACGAGCGCAAGCAGCUCGACAAUCUACUCUUAUAACGUCCCUACAAUCCCGUUUACAAAGUGCCGAAAAUCGUGAGGAAUCAGUUCAGCUGCGUUGCGAUACCACCGUGCAAACAAUACAGCGGGAAAAACGCUUAGCCGAUGAGAAAACUAAAGACUUGCAAAUAAAAGUUCAACAUCUUGAAACUAGUUUGGCUAACGAAGAGUCACAGAAAGAAUUGAUGCAGAAUCGAUUUAAUGAUUUCCUAAAACGUCUUGGCCUCUGCAUGGAUAUGGAAGUUUGUGAAAGCGUUCACUUUAGUACGGAAUGUGUGUUAACGCGGUUGGAAGAAUUAGUAGCAGAACUGCAACGCACUAAAGCUAAAAUUACUGCCACUUGUGAAACGCUGAAUAGUUGCGAGAACGAGCUUUUGAAUUUGAAAAGUUUUUCGAAUAUGGAGAAACAACGCCUAAUGGUUCAAUUGGAAGGUGCUAACAAUCAUGAGCAUGAAUUAGAGUCACGUUGCCGUCAAUACGAGCGGGAUUUACAAAUUCAAAGAGAUCGGCUUACUGAAGUUGAAAUUUCAGCCGAGAAAUUGAAGGAAGAGUUGAAAGGUUUUGAAUCGCGCUGUCAUCGCCUGCAGGGCAAUUGUGAACGUGUACAAAAUGAUCGCUUACAGUUUUUACGCACAUUGGCCCUUCAGAUUAACGUUCCCGAACCCUGUGAAACUCUCAUCAAGGAUAAACUUAGAGAAAUUAUGUCAGAAAACAAAAGCUUGCAAAUGGAACUUCAUGGAUUACGGGAGCAGCUCUCUUGCCAACAUGACAAGCUCAAAGAAACGCAACAAAGUACACAAUGUCGCUUGCGUAGUGAAGAGGCGCGAAAAUCUGAACUGGAAGAACGUCUCGAAAAGUGUCACGAAGAGAUUCACAUUUUGCGUAAAGAUCAUUUGGGUCUAUCGGAAUAUCUUUUGCGUUUGGCUAAAGCUUUGCAUUGGACUGAAUGCUCAUCACCCCCUGAAUUGGGCAUAGAUACCAAUAUAAUGGCUGAGAGUUUGUUAGAGAGAGCAGAACGUUUAGCGUCUUUGCAUCACGACUAUGAUCAUUUACACAGUCAUCAGCAUCAUCUACAUCGUUUAGCCGAUCGAUCAUGUUGCGAUCACAAUCAUCACGGUCAUACUCACCCACAUACUAAACUCAGAAGAGAGAAAUCUUGCCAUGAUUUGCCAAUUAAGGAUACACCAAGCACUUUAUAUAAUCUUCAAAGAAAGGUGCGUGUUUUGAAGGAACAAAUACAACGACGGGAUUUACAUUUAGAAUUGUUAAAACGCAAGUUGGCCAUUAUUGAAGACGGAGCCAGAGGUAAAUGUAUUUUGCAGGGUGAACGUGAUGAAGCGGUUUGUCGUACCAAAAAGGCCAAUAAAAUCAUUGAUAAACUCACAUGUCAACUGGCAGAUGUUCGGUCUCAAGUCGCAGAAGUCAAAGCACAAUUAGCCGAAGCGGUAGAAUAUAAGAUAACCGCUCUGGAGAGAGCUCGUAAAAUAGAUGAACUGACUACGCAGUUAUGUGACUUGGAAGAAGAGAAAACCCGUCUCUCAGCCCAAGUAAACACUUUGAAGGAUCGAUUGAAGGCAUCCAGUGACUCGGCACAGCACAGAAGAUGCCGUGACGAAGCUUUGAUAAAUUCGUUGCGCGACGACUUGACCCACGUGCAAGCGCAAAUAUCCGAUACCAAUCAUCGCCUGUCUCAAUUGCAAUCGUUCCGCACUUCCGUAGCCCGGACUUUACAUCUCCGCGAUUUACCUGAAACUGAUUUAUUGCAUCGUUUGCAAGCUUUAUGUGCCGCUCAUCAGGAAUUCACUAUGCUUUCUAAACGCUACGAGACAGCCUCUCCCUUAGGUGAGCAUGCUUGUACACGCUUUGAUGAUCGCCUGCCGAACAAUACUCACUAUCAUCCACCACAUUGUACACCAACGCCAAAUUCAACAACUCUACACGGUCAUCGGGGCUAUCACUGA